AUGCCAAUUUUGAUGCCCGCAACUUCUGGAGUCAUCAACAUUCCCUCGCUAGAUAAGAAGUCAUGUGAUUUUCAACGCUCCACACUUCAGUUGGCUCGGAGCUCUGGCACUGCAAAUGCCAGAGACCUCUCUGAACAUCUCUUUGGUGGAUCUGAGAAUAUUCAGACAUAUCUUCGCAUUUCUAAAUUGGUUGAAAAUAAUCCCGCGUUUUCCAGAGAAAAACGAUACCACUACGGAAGGGCAGAGAUUACGCUCCAUUUCGAAAUGUUUCUGCCUGUUUUAAAGGCCCAAGGUACGGAUGAACAAUAUGCUCGAUGGGGAAAAGCCGCCGAGGAUUUUGGCAUCAUUGGCUGCUAUGCACAGACCGAAAUUGGACAUGGAUCUAACUUGAGCAACCUUGAGACAACGGCCACAUUUAUGCGCACAAGUGGCGGCGGUCAGUUUAUUUUAAAUUCGCCAUCGCUAUCUUCGAUCAAAUGGUGGAUUGGCGGGCUCGGCGUUAUCUCGACCCACGCUCUCGUUCAGGCGAAAUUGAUUAUCGAUUCUGUCGAUUAUGGGCCGCACUUGUUCAUCGUUCAAAUAAGGUCUUUGGUUGAUCACUCUCCCUUGCCAAAUGUGGAGGUUGGGGACAUCGGAGCCAAAUUUGGCAUGGCAAAAAAUGACAACGGCUGGCUUCGAUUCAAUCAGGCCAAGAUAUGCAGAAGUCAGCUGUUGUCUCGAUUUGCCAGCGUUGACGAGAACGGAAACUACAACCCACCGGUUCACCCAAAAAUAUUUUAUGGCGGCAUGGUGAUUAUUCGCGUGCAGCUGGUUGAGCAGGCAUGGCUUUAUCUUGCAAGAGCAGUGACCAUCACUUCGAGGUUUUUUUGCCUGCUUACUUCUAGAUACACGACGGUUCGACGCCAGUUUUUGUCAAAGUCUGGUGGCGAUGAAAACCCGGUCAUCACAUACCCUUUGGUCAAAUAUCGGCUUUUCCCGCUAAUUGCCUCUUGCUUUGUGUUCAAUUGUGUCGGGGCUAGAACGGCGUCUUUAUUUGACCAAAUGACGGAGCAGCUAAAGUCGUACAAUGCAGACCUUCUUCCGUUUGUGCAUGCGCUCUCUUCUGGAUUGAAAUCAUACUUCACAUCGUAUGUGGCAAAUGCUGUGGAGGAGUCAAGAAAAAUCUGCGGAGGUUCUUUGUCGUCAUUGUUGGCUUAUCUUUCCAAGUCUGAGACGUCUCCCCUGAAAUGGCUCAAUGAAAGAACCCUGUCGCUCGAAAGCUCCCGCCAGCUUGCUCGAGAUUCUUUCUGCGAUCCCGCAAAAGACCAUCUUCUUGCUGCUUUUAGACAUCGAUGCAAGCGCUUGGUGACCGAGUUGGCGUCCGCAGUAAAGACGUUCGGAUUCGAUUCUCAAAAUGUACUGUGUUUCCGCGUCUCUGUGGCGUUUUGCCAAUACUUUUGCAUCGAAUCGAUGCUGGUUGCACCAAGAAAAAACACAAUAUCUGCCGUGCUGGAUUUGAUGAGAGAUGUGUAUGCAAUUUCGAUUUUGGAUUCGUUCGCUGCCGAUUGGCUCGAAGAUGCUUCCCUGGAUGGAAAGAUCUUGAAGAAAUAUCGUCACCAUCUUGAGGCAGAUCUUUUUAAAAGAAUGGCUCCAGAGGUUAUUAGCCUCACUGAUUCCUUUUUGCUUCCCGAUUUUAUGCUAGAUUCUGCAAUCGGCUCGUCAGACGGCGAUGCCUACAGGCAUCUACUUGCAUCGGCUUUGAGGGAUCCCGUGAACGUUGACAUUAAUUCAAACAGCUCUGCAUAUUUACAAUUUAUCCGUCCCAUUCUCAAAGAAUCCGCCUCCAAGUUAUAA